CCGGACAGCGACCGGACGAGCCUCGAGCCCAUGGCCGUGGACAAAGCCAAGCCGUGUGAAAUAGACCAGGAGAAAUACGAUGCAGAGGACAACGUGAAGAUCAUCUGCCUGGGCGACAGCGCUGUGGGCAAGUCCAAACUGAUGGAGCGAUUUCUCCUGGACGGAUUCCAGCCCCAGCAGCUGUCCACGUACGCCCUGACCUUGUACAAGCACACAGCUACAGUGGAUGGCAAGACUGUCCUUGUUGACUUCUGGGACACGGCUGGCCAGGAGCGUUUCCAGAGCAUGCAUGCCUCUUACUACCACAAAGCCCACGCCUGCAUCAUGGUGUUUGAUGUCCAGAGAAAAGUCACCUACAAGAACCUGAGCACCUGGUAUGCGGAGCUUCGGGAGUCCAGGCCAGAGAUCCCGUGCAUCGUGGUGGCCAAUAAAAUCGAUGCAGAUAUAAAGAUGACCCAAAAAAGCUUCAAUUUUGCCAGGAAGUUCUCCCUGCCCCUGUACUUUGUCUCAGCUGCUGAUGGCACCAAUGUCGUGAAGCUCUUCAAUGAUGCCAUCCGCUUAGCUGUGUCUUACAAACAGAACUCACAGGAUUUCAUGGACGAGGUCCUGCAGGAGCUGGAGAACUUUGACUUGGAGCAGAAGGAGGAGGAUGUGCCGGAGCAGAAGCAGCCUGGCCCCCUGGAAGCCCAUGUCCCUCCUGAGUCAGAGGACACAACCCCUCCAGCAGUCCCACAGUCCUGAGAUGGGACUCCAGGGCACCGCACGCACAUCCUGCAGACUCACUGUCCUGGCCACCCGUCUGUCCCGCAGACGCACUGUCCAGGUCACCCCAUCUGCAUCGUGCAGACCCCCCAUCCUGACCACCCUGUCCAUGCCCACAGACCCACCACCCUGGCCACCCCAUCCGCAUCCUGCAGACCCCCCAUCUUGUUUACACCCACAUGCCUGAGCCUGCACAGAGGUCGUGCUCUUCCUCGAGGACAGAAGGGACAGCACUGUAGCACCUCAGUCGGACAUAACCCUCGUAGACCCUGGGAAGACCCUGUCCACAGCUGCACAGCACAUACUUGGUGCGUCUGUUGAAUAAAGGUCCGCUCCACGGCAUCUUCUCCCAGAA